UGCGUGUCACACGGGGAGGCUGAGGAAUUAGCUCUGUGGAUUUGUCCACGGCGGGCACACAAACGGAUGCGGGGAUUAACGGUACAGAUGUAAGGUCUCGGCUGCUCAGGUCCUGAGAUGCCCGAGACGAAGUGGCUCAUCCUCAGUGUGACACCGGGAUCGGGCUGCGAGGGCAGUGGAGACACGAUUCCGCGAAACUCCGCGGCUCCCCGGUCUCAAAGGUGCCCCUUUCGACUUGGUUCGGCUCGGGCCGGUUCUGCUCCCCGCGAUUCCUUUCUCGUGCACUUAGACUGGAGCUCGUUCCCGACACGGAUCGGAUGCUGAAGACACGGUAACAUUUUAUGCGGCAUCGCUACGUUUUCGAGGCAAGAGCAAGUGCUACUGGCCCCGAUCCACAUGGGUGAAGGCAGGGCUCGGCUGUUGCGCGCCUGGAGCCGGGCUCGUUGUCAGGACAACGGAGCUGUCGAUCCCGACCGGGAGAAGAGAUGGGCCGAACUCUUCGAGCAGCUGGACCUGAAUAAAGACGGGCGGAUCGACGUGAAUGAGCUGAGAAUUGGUCUGGUCGCUCGGGGGAUCCUCCGGAGUGACGUGGAGGAGAUAGUGCGGGAGGGUGACACCAAUCAUGACGGGCAGCUCGACUUUGAGGAGUUCACCCAGUGCCUGCGCACUCACGAGAAAGAGCUACGGCUCAUGUUCCGCAGCCUGGACCGCAACAACGAUGGGCACAUUGACCUGGCAGAGAUCCAACAGUCUCUCCAUAACCUGGGGGUGGAUGUCUCUUCUGAGCAGGCUGCCAGGAUCCUCCAGAGCAUGGACAAGGAUGGCACUAUGACCGUCGACUGGAAUGAGUGGCGCGAUCACUUCCUGUUGAAUCCACUCCACAACAUGGAGGACAUCGUCCACUUCUGGAAACACUCCCUGAUGUUUGACAUCGGGGAGCACCUGACGGUGCCAGACGAAUUCUCGGAGCGGGAGCGGAGGUCUGGGGUGGUGUGGAGGCAGCUGAUGGCUGGGGCAAUGGCAGGGGCUGUGUCUCGAACGGGCACUGCCCCCUUGGACCGCCUCAAGGUCUUCCUUCAGGUCCACGGCUCCAGCACCCGCAGAAUCAGUCUGUGGAGUGGCCUGCGUGGGAUGGUCCACGAGGGUGGUGUGCGGUCGCUGUGGCGGGGGAAUGGCACUAAUGUGCUCAAGAUAGCCCCAGAGUCUGCCAUCAAGUUCAUGGCCUAUGAGCAGAUUAAAUGGCUAAUGAAGGGUAGUAAAGAUGGCGGAUCUUUGCGGGUUCAGGAGAGGUUCAUCGCCGGCUCAUUAGCAGGAGCCACCGCACAGACCAUCAUCUACCCCAUGGAGGUGCUGAAGACUCGUCUCACCCUGCGGAAGACAGGACAGUACACAGGGAUGGCUGACUGCGCCAAACAGAUCCUCCGAAAGGAGGGCGUGUGGGCGUUCUACAAGGGCUACGUGCCAAAUACACUGGGCAUCAUCCCCUAUGCAGGCAUCGACCUGGCUGUCUAUGAGACAUUGAAGAAUGCCUGGCUGCAGCAUUUCUGCGUUGACACUGCGGACCCUGGGGUCCUUGUGCUGCUGGCCUGUGGCACUGUGUCCAGCACAUGCGGCCAGCUGGCCAGCUACCCUCUGGCACUGAUCCGAACACGCAUGCAGGCCCAGGCAUCUGUAGAAGGGGGGCCCCAGCUCACCAUGCUGGGCCAGUUCAAGCACAUUGUCUCCAGGGAGGGGGUGCCAGGACUGUACCGUGGGAUUGCCCCCAACUUCCUCAAGGUCAUUCCAGCAGUGAGCAUCUCGUAUGUGGUGUACGAGCACAUGAAGAAGGUCCUGGGGGUCGGCUCAUAGAAGUCCCGCUCUCGAGACCUGCAAGGAGACACAGAUGUCAGGAAUAAAUGCGGAAAAACCUUAAAAAUGGAUGGAUAGAGCAAGGAGGGUGGAGAAGAACCACAAGCAGUGAACU